GCUAAUUUUUUUCGCUUUUAUGAUUGAUGAUUGCGAAAGAAGAGCAGGACGAAUACAAAUUACGCAAACAAGAUCCGGUACGGAGCCAUGUAUAUGGAGAUCUCUUCUGCUUCCGAUGAUUCGAUCCCUUACGUUGAGACAGAUCCUUCCGGUCGCUAUGGACGUUUUAGAGAAGUGCUUGGUAAAGGGGCGAUGAAGACGGUUUACAAAGCAUUUGACCAGGUUCUAGGAAUGGAAGUCGCUUGGAAUCAAGUUAUGCUCAAUGAGGUCUUCAGAUCACCUGAGCCUUUACAACGCCUUUACUCUGAGGUUCAUCUCCUUAAGAAUCUCAAUCAUGAAUCCAUUAUUCGCUACUGCACGUCUUGGAUCGAUGUCAACCGCAGAACAUUUAACUUCAUCACUGAGCUCUUCACAUCAGGCACCCUUAGAGAGUAUCGAAGGAAGUAUCAAAAGGUUGAUAUCCGGGCAAUCAAGAGCUGGGCACGCCAGAUCUUGAAUGGUCUUGCUUACUUGCAUGGACAUGAUCCUCCUGUUAUUCACAGAGACCUUAAAUGCGAUAAUAUCUUUGUUAACGGCCACCUUGGGCAAGUCAAGAUUGGUGACCUGGGCUUAGCCGCAAUACUCCGUGGAUCACAAAAUGCACACAGCGUCAUAGGAACGCCUGAAUUUAUGGCACCAGAGCUAUAUGAAGAAGAUUACAACGAGCUUGUGGACAUUUAUUCGUUUGGAAUGUGUGUCCUAGAGAUGCUUACCGGUGAGUAUCCAUAUAGUGAAUGCACCAACCCUGCCCAAAUAUACAAGAAAGUUACAUCGGGGAAGUUGCCUGACUCUUUCCAUCUAAUCCAACACACGGAGGCCCAACGUUUUGUUGGUAAAUGCCUGGAAACUGUGUCAAGAAGAUUGCCUGCAAAGGAGCUCUUGGGGGACCCAUUCCUUGCCGCAACUGAUGAGAGAGAUUUGGCACCUCUUUCUAGAUUGCCGCAACAAUUGGCAAUCCAGAAUUUGGCUGCAAAUGGAACGGUGGUAGAACAUCUGCGAACAACAGAUAUGUCAAUAACAGGAAAGAUGAACUCAGAAGACCACACCAUCUUUCUUCAAGUACAGAUUUUAGAUGGCGAUGGUCACAUGAGGAACAUUCAGUUCCCGUUCAACAUUUUAAGUGACACACCUCUAGAAGUAGCUUUGGAGAUGGUGAAGGAGCUUGAGAUCGCUGAUUGGGAUCCUUUGGAGAUUGCUGCAAUGAUAGAAAAUGAGAUAUCUUUGCUCGUCCCUAACUGGAGGGCCAAUGACUCUUCUAUCCGGCACCAAAGCUUUGGUCAUGAAGAUGAUGAGGACAAUGGCGAAGCAGAGGGAAGAACGCGCCUUUUCUCCUCUGCUUCUUCCUCGCACGACUCUCAUGUAGCAGUUAGAGAGAACAAUGACGAUUCUAGUAACGAUGUAAUCCCAGAUAUGGAUGAUGGCAAUAGAAGCUCUAACAGGUUGUUGAAUUCUUCAACAUACCACUACUCACCUGCCAUUGAUGAUGAUCAAAGUCAGCAACAGCGGAGACGAGUAAGGCUACAACAGAAAAUGAGAUCUCUGGUGGACACAAGAACGCAGGUGCUACACCGUUCGCUCAUGGAGUUAAUCAACAAGCGGCGUGGGCGUGGCUUCGACCCGAAUGCGAACGAGCUAAAACCUCAACCGUCGUCCACUGAUUUCAUUCGACGAUGUUGAUAAUAGGAUGAUGAGAGAGAGCCUUUUGUGGCUCUUUCAUGAUAAAGACAGAUCUUCAUAUUGGUACUAGCAUUUUGAUUUGUUGAUAUUAUAUGAAAUAAAAUGUUUUAGAGUCC